CCAUCGUGGAACCUCCCAUGAAAGAGUCGCCAUUUCCAUCUCCAGACAAAUUCCUCACCGCUUUAUAUACCAUCACUCCCUUAAUUCCACUCUCAAUCAUCUUGGCUCUCUAUCCCAAUUCGAAUUUCGAAUUUCGAAUUCUUCUUCUUCUUCUUAUCUUAUCGAUCUCUCCUCUGGUCUUCGCUUCUUCAAAGCUUCAAAGAACAUAAUGAGCUCUCCCGUCAUGGCGACGCCGGACGAAGCUUCAGCUCUGGAUCUCAUAAGACAACACCUCCUCGAGGACUUCGCCUCCUUCGAAAGCUUCUUGAACGAGCUCACCCCCAAGAUCAAUGGAAUAGCUACUUUUGGAGACAAACCACAAGUUUUGAUCUCUAAAUCCGAUUCAUUCGCCUCCUACACUGCAAGCUCUGAUGUUUCAGCUUCCGAGCUUAAAGAUGGAGCUUUUAACGGUGCUUUCUACCCGUCCAUGUCUGGGCCACUGGCUCCAGAACCAGAAAUUGAAAUCUCUGACUAUCUGAAGCUCAACGAGAAGGAUGAUAACGGUGUAUUGGAGCUUCCCCCUAAUCGUAUUCCAUUCGAUGAUAACCAAGACGUUUUCUUUCAAUUUGAAACGAAGCCUCAAAUCGCCGACUUGACCACCCCGAAAUCCCUGAGCUCGAGCUCCAGCUCGAGUUUCAACGAACGACGUCCGUCGCUGAAGAUCUCUCUCCCUUCCGUACAGAAAUUCGAAUGGUCCGACUUCAACGAACCGGCUCAACCGGUAGUGACUAUUUCGAACCAGAAACCAUCGGAUUCUGAGGAGAGAAGGCAUUACAGAGGCGUAAGGCAGCGGCCAUGGGGGAAAUUCGCAGCCGAAAUCCGGGACCCGAACCGCCGGGGAUCUAGGGUUUGGCUGGGAACCUUCGAUACAGCCAUCGAAGCCGCAAGAGCUUACGACCGAGCGGCCUUCAAGAUGCGUGGAAGCAAAGCGAUUCUCAACUUCCCUCUCGAGGCCGGCAAAACAUCUGACCCACCGACAAACAUUUCCCGGAAAAGACGCCGAGAUAUCGAAGCUGAAGAGACACAAGUAAAAGAACAAGUAGAGAUGAAGCCAGUUAAAAGGGAAAGGUCACCGGAGACAGAAAACACCACGACCAGCGUUUCGACAGCUCGCCCUUUAACACCUUCCAAUUGGGCGUCUGUUUGGGAAACGACGGACGUUCAGGGAAUCUUUAACGUCCCUCCGCUAUCGCCGUUAUCUCCCCAUCCAUCACUAGGUUACCAUCAACUUAUGGUUAUCUAAGAGGUUUCACGGUCACUGGCGACCAAACUUUCCGGCGAACUGUGUCAGGUUUCUGUUGUGAGUUAUUUGGGAUAUUGUACAUAUACGGAGCUGCACGUUGAACGUAGAAACGUUGCGUUUCUUAUUUGUUUAUUUGUUUAAUUAUAUAGAAAGAUUUGAUUAAUUAUUUUAAGUAUGUUUUGGCAUUCCAUGAAAAAUUCAAAUCCCAAUUUCUAA